AUGACAUCAGGCAUAUAUUUCUGUGAUUCUAAGGGCAGACUAUUGCUUUCAAGGAAAUACAAAGAUGAUAUUCCAGCCAGUGCUAUAGAGAAUUUCCCACACUUAUUAAUUGAAAAAGAACAGGAAUCAAGUGUUUUACCACCCUGUUUUUCCCAUAAUGGUGUACAGUAUUUGUUUAUUCAACACAAUAAUUUGUACAUUUUGUCAUUAACAAGGUCAAUGUCCGUUAAUGUAGCGUUGGUCUUUUCGUUUUUGCAUAAACUAGUUGAAGUUUUGCAAGACUACAUGAAAGUUGUAGAGGAAGAAUCCAUCAAGGAUAAUUUCGUAAUAAUUUAUGAAUUGUUAGAUGAGGUUAUGGAUUAUGGUAUUCCGCAUAUAACGGAAACGAAGAUGUUGAGGCAAUACAUCACUCAAAAGUCAUUUAAAUUAAUAAGGUCUGCGAAGAAAAAGAAGAACGUGGUUAGACCUCCUGAAAGCCUGACAAACUCAGUUAGUUGGAGGCCUGAAGGAAUUAAAUAUGGGCGUAAUGAAGCAUUUUUAGAUGUUGUUGAAUCCAUAAACAUGUUGAUAACACAACAGGGCCAAGUUUUAAGAUCAGAAAUUCUUGGUAAGGUUAAGGUAAAAACUCGUCUUUCUGGUAUGCCAGACCUAAAACUGGGAUUAAAUGACAAAGGGAUUUUCUCUCAAGGAGAUGAUGACGAUGAGAAUUCUGGAGAUUUCAGUUCUGUUUCGAAGAAGAAAUCCAACAUUGAGUUAGAAGACUUAAAGUUCCAUCAAUGUGUGAGAUUGAGCAAAUUUGAGAACGAGAAAAUUAUCACUUUUAUUCCACCUGAUGGAGAUUUUGAAUUGAUGAGUUAUAGAUUAACUACGCCAAUGAAACCCUUAAUAUGGUGCGAUGUUAAAAUACAGGUACAUUCCAGAUCAAGGAUAGAGGUCCACUGCAGAGCUAAAGCUCAAAUCAAAAGAAAAUCAACUGCAAACAAUGUGGAAAUAUUAAUUCCUGUUCCUGAAGAUGCUGAUUCCCCAAAAUUCAGAUAUUCGCACGGAUCUAUCAAAUGGGUUCCCGAAAAAGCUGCUAUUUUAUGGAAACUAAAGUCAUUCCCAGGAGGUAAAGAUUACUCCAUGGCCGCAGAAAUGGGCUUACCAUCGAUUGGAGAUGCCACAGAAUAUAACUUCAAAAGGCCUGUUCACAUAAAGUUCCAAAUUCCAUACUUAACUACUUCCGGCAUCCAGGUCCGCUAUUUGAAAAUAACUGAACCAAAUUUACAAUACAACAGUUAUCCCUGGGUCCGUUACAUCACACAGAGUGGCGAUGAGUUCAUGAUAAGAAUGUAG